AUGACCAUCGGCAGCAGCAUGAGCAGCGGCUACUGCAGCCUGGAUGAAGACCUCGAGGAUUGCUUCUUCACCGCCAAAACCUCCUUCUUCCGCAGCGCACCCGGCAAAAGCCCCGCCAAGAAUGUAGCGAAAACCUUGGAAGAAGAACAACGGGCCCCUCUAACGCCGCAGGAGAUCAAGCAGAAGAUCGAGAAGUACAACGCCAAGGUGACCAACUGCCUGCUCAUGAAGCUGAACGAUGAUGGAACCUACACGGGCUUCAUCAAGGUGCACCUGAAGCUGCGGCGUCCCGUGACGGUCCCGGCGGGGAUCCGGCCGCAGUCCAUUUACGAUGCCCUCAGGGAGGUGAACCUGGCUGACAUGACGGACAAGAGGACGUCCUUCUACUUGCCGCUGGAUGCCAUCAAGCAGCUGCACAUCAGCAGCACCACCACGGUGAGCGAGGUCAUCCAGGGGCUCCUCAAGAAGUUCAUGGUGGUGGAUAACCCCCAGAAGUUUGCACUUUUCAAGGAGAUGCGGAAAGAUGGGCAAGUUCUCCUCCAGAAGCUCCCUCUGACCGAGUAUCCCCUGUACCUCCGGCUGCUCGCUGGCCCCAACACAGAUGUUCUCAGUUUCGUGCUGAAGGAAAACGAAACUGGGGAAGUUGAGUGGGACGCGUUCUCCAUCCCGGAGCUCCAGAACUUCCUAAUGAUACUGGACAAAGAAGAAAAGGACAAAAUCCAGCAAGUGCAAAGGAAGUACGAGAAGUUCAAGCAGAGGCUGCAGCAGACCUUGAAGGAAGCAGGAGGCAAGCCCGGAUAACUGCUCAGGAGGCGCGUGCAGAAUCAGACUAAGCUAGGUACUGUUUUCAAAACGAAAAGACACUUCUCAGGACACAUUCUCGUGGUCACUCACUGCCCCUCCUCAUCCUCCCGUUACGGACUGGCACAUAGGAACCCUACAGUGAACGUACUGUGUUUUCUUCUUCUGAAACCUCUUGUCUCAGGACCAGACCCAGCAAAGAACGAGGAGCUCGUCUUAACCAGGGGGCCCUCAGCAAAGCAACGCUUACCCAGUUAACU